GAAAUACUCCUGCCAAACACACCCCAAAUCUUUUCAAUUGUCUGAGCAAAUAGUCCCUCGAGAAGCUCAACCAAACGAGUAUAUAUAUGAUGUAGUGGUGUAUUCUAGACAAAAAUCAAAUUGUACUCCAAACUUGUAACUUGUAAGUGAAAAACAAGAUACUGCUUUCUCCCCCUAAAGGCCAAACGUCCACAAGAAGAUUCCGAUAAAAGAGUGGAAUCCUUGAAUAUGUCCUUGAUAAUUCUCAAACCAACUCUUCAGAAAAAUUGAUAAUGGAAAGUUCAAAUGUGAAGAUGAGCGCCUUUCAGCAAGAUAUGAAAAAAAAUUUGCAAACUAAUCAACAACAACCUGUGAAAAAUUCAAAAGAUAUGCCAACUAUUAAUUGGACGUGUCUUUACAAUGGAACACCUGAUGGUCUUCAAGAAGGGUUCGGGGACGAUAUCAAUGAUGAUGAAGAGGGAGAAAAAGAAGAUGGCCUUAAUGAAGGAUCUAGGGACGAUGUGAAUGAUGAUAACGAAGGAAAAAAAGAUAAUGAUGAGGAGUCAAAAGGUGGCACUAGUAAGUCUAAGGACGAACAAGAUAAUGAUAUUGGGAGUUCCGAUGAGUCUAAAGCAAUUACACAUGUAAAAGAUGACAAUGCACUUGUCAAAACUCAAAGCAAACCAUUUCAAAGAGUGUGGACAGACAAGGACGAGAAAAUACUGCUGGAAGCUAUUGGAAGUUACAGAGCUAUUCAUGGAAAGGAGCCAACUAGUAAUAAUUUGUUUAAUAUAAUCAAGGGAAAAAUCAGUUUCGAACCAACUUUAGUUCAAGUCGGUAACAAAAUUAGAAGCUUGAAGAGAAUCAAGAGAAAAACCCGCCAACGGAUUGUUGAAGAUACACCUGCUGAAAAAAGCUUGUUUUGUUCAUCUCAAAAGGUUUUGGGUGUCAACAAAAUGUGUUCAACUACUGCUCAAUCAAGUAAAGGAAAGAAAGUUUUGAACGAUGCAGAAAUUGCCAGAAUUGUGAUGACGUUAUUUCAAGGCUAUGAAGGUGAUGAGGUCAUGCAGAUUGAGACGAGUACAAGAAAGGUGUCACAACUAAUUGCUUCAGGAUUGUCUACAAAGUGGAAAGAUUUGAUCAAGGCUCAAGCGAACCAGUAUUUGAUAGGACUUAACAAUAGAAAAUCCAAAGUAGAAUUGUUUUUGGAGAUGAUGGAGGUAGAAGCAAGAGAGCAUGAUGAUAAUGACACUGAAUGAUCCGGUCAAGGCUAUGAAGUUGAUAUAUUUACUUCCAUUGGGAUGAUGAUCAUGGUCGACUAGAAGAAAUUUUUGGGUGGGGAUCUGAAUGGGUGCAUGUUUAGAUACUCCAGUUAUAGUUAUUAUGCAGGGGAUAAUAGAGGUGACUGUAAUUAUGCAGGGGAUAAUAGAGGUGACUAUUGGGUACAGUGUAUGAUUGACAGUAUUUGCAAUGCUUCUGUUUCAUACGGAACAACUUUUGCAUUGUCUUGCUCUGCAGCCUUCUGCUUCUGCUUUGAAUAUUUAAUUAAUCCACCAAGUAUGUAUGUAUAUAUAUAAAUAUAUAUCCUUGAAGCCAGCUUUCAUGCAUGAAUUGC